AUGCUCGGUGUCUCGGGGCUCAUGGGUGGUAGCUCGGGCGAUGGGGCCGCCGACGGCGGCGGCGCCAGCGGCGGCAGCAGCGAGGCUGGGGCGGCGUCCAGCUCGGUUCCCGGUGGGGGAUUGGAGGAGAGCGGAGGCGGAGGCGGAGGCGGUGGAGGAGGUAACCGGUGGCCGAGGCAGGAGACGGUGGCGCUGCUCAAAAUCCGGUCGGAUAUGGACGUCACUUUUAGGGACUCCAGCCUUAAAGGCCCAUUAUGGGAAGAAAUUUCCAGAAAAAUGGCGGAGCUUGGGUACCAAAGGAGCGCCAAGAAGUGCAAGGAGAAAUUCGAGAACGUCUUCAAAUACCACAAGCGCACCAAGGACGGCCGCGCCUCCAAAUCCGACGGCAAAACCUACCGUUUUUUCGACCAGCUGGAGGCCCUCGAAAACAUCACCGCUCCCCUACCCAACUUCCACCCUCCUCCCCCUCCUCGCCCCUCCGCCCCAUCUCCUCCUCCGCUGCCCCUCCAAACGGCCAUCCCAUCGUCUGCCCCCAGCCCCAACCCGGUCAGCAUUGCACCUCCCGCUGCCCACAUCACCACCAACCCCAUCUUCCCGCCUGCGCCGGAUCCUCCUCCUCCUCCUCCUCCGCCUCAACCCCACACAUUCCAACCGGCACCGAUGAACUCGACCUCGACCUCGUCCACGUCGUCUGACGAGGACAUCCGGCGUAGUGGCCGGAAGCGCAAGUGGAAGGACUUCUUCGAGCGGAUGAUGAGGGACGUCAUCCGCCGCCAAGAGGAGCUCCAAACCAAGUUCCUCGACGCCCUCGAGCGCCGCGAACGCGACCGCGCUGCCCGCGAGGACGCCUGGCGGGCCCACGAGUCUGCCCGCCUCGCCCGCGACCACGACCUCCUCGUUCAGGAGCGCUCGGCCGCCGCAGCCCGAGAUGCCGCCCUCAUUGCCUUCCUCCACAAGUUCACCGAUGCCAACAACCCACCGCCACCGUCGCCACAAAAUCCUCAACCACCACCACAAAAUCCUCAACCACCAUCACCACCACCGCCGCCUCAGCCACCAGCACCUCAAAAUCCUCAACCACCGCCGCCGCCACAGCCACAGCCACAGCCACAGCAACAUGUACAACCACCACCACUCCUAUUAACUAAACCGACGCCGGCGCCACCAACACCGGCACCGGUAGCAACACCAACAAAAAUUCCAUCGGAAAACAGCGGCGGAGGAGAAAGCUCGAUGGCGGCGAGCUCGUCGAGGUGGCCCAAAGCGGAGGUGCAGGCGUUGAUAAACCUGAGGACGAGCCUCGACCUCAAGUAUCAGGAGAAUGGGCCGAAAGGCCCGUUAUGGGAGGAGAUAUCGGCGGCCAUGGCGAAGCUGGGGUACAGCCGGAGCUCGAAAAGGUGCAAGGAGAAAUGGGAGAACAUCAACAAGUAUUUCAAGAAGGUGAAGGAGAGCAACAAGAAGCGGCCGGAGGACUCGAAGACCUGCCCGUAUUUCCACCAACUGGACGCGCUGUACAAGGAGAAGGCAAGGAACGACCCUGUCCCGUUCGGGUACUCGGCGGGGAAUCAGGAGAGCCCGAUGGCACCCAUCAUGGCCCGGCCCGAACAGCAGUGGCCACUGCCCUCUGGCGACCCACAUCAGUCGGCAUUGGCCGGCAACAACAAUAUCCAUGAGGAAGAGGAAGAUGACGACGAGGAGGAGGAUGAGGACGAGGGCGGUGGCUUCGAGAUGGUGGCGAACAAGCCUGCCACGGCGGAGAGAGGCGGAGGAACCUAG